AGCAGGAACCAUGUGGAUCCGCGUGCGUACCAUGGACGGGAAGGUGACCCGCACCGUGGACUCUCUGUCCAAGCUGACCAAAGUCGAACAGCUGAGACACAAGGUCCAGGUGCUGUUCCACGUGGAGCCAGGCCUGCAGAGGCUCUUCUACCGGGGGAAGCAGAUGGAGGAUGGCCACACGCUCUUCGACUACGACGUGCGUCUGAACGACACGGUGCAGCUGCUGGUGCGCCAGAGUCUGGUGCUGCCCCGCGGCGGGCGGGAGCGGGAGGCUGAGCUCUCCGACUCCGACUCCGGCUGCUGCCUGGGCCAGGCCGAGUCGGACAAGGCGUCCAACAGCAGCGAGGCGGACGCCAAGGCGGGCCUGGCCGAGGAGGAGGCCUGGGACGAGACCGAGCUGGGGCUGUACAAGGUGAACGAGUAUGUGGACGCCCGGGACACCAACAUGGGUGCCUGGUUCGAGGCGCAAGUGGUCCGGGUGACCAAGAGGGGACCGUCGCCCGACGAGCCCUGCAGCUCCACCGCUAUCCCGGACGAGGAGGAGGAGGUUAUCUACCACGUGAAAUAUGACGACUACCCGGAGAAUGGUGUGGUGCAGAUGAGUGCCCGGGAUGUGCGGGCCCGCGCCAGGCACAUCCUGCAGUGGCAGGAGCUGGAGGUGGGCCAGACGGUCAUGCUCAACUACAACCCGGACAACCCCAAGGAGCGGGGCUUCUGGUACGACGCCCAGAUCGUGCGCAAGCGGGAGACACGGACCCAGCGAGAGCUCUUCGCCAAUGUCAUGAUUGGGGGCGACUCUCUCAACGACUGUCGCAUCAUUUUCGUGGAUGAGGUUUUUAAGAUCGAGCGCCCGGGUGAGGGGAGCCCAGUGGUCGAGAACCUCAUCAGACGCAAGAGCGGGCCUUCCUGCAAGCAGUGCAAGGACGACGAGAGCAAGCCGUGCCGCGUGUGCGCCUGCCACCUGUGCGGGGGCAAGCAGGACCCCGACAAGCAGCUCAUGUGCGACGAGUGCGACAUGGCCUUCCACCUCUACUGCCUCAGCCCUCCCCUCAGCAGCAUCCCCGAGGAGGACGAGUGGUACUGUCCCGAGUGCCGCAAUGAGCCCAGUGAGGUGGUGCUGGCCGGAGAAAAGCUGAAAGAGAGUAAGAAGAAGGCGAAAAUGGCCUCGGCCACUUCCUCGUCCAGGCGGGACUGGGGCAAGGGCAUGGCCUGUGUGGGGCGUACUCGGGAAUGCACCAUCGUCCCUUCCAACCACUACGGACCCAUCCCGGGGAUCCCCGUGGGCACCAUGUGGAGGUUCCGAGUGCAGGUCAGCGAGUCGGGGGUCCACCGGCCGCACGUGGCGGGCAUCCACGGCCGGAGCAACGAUGGGGCCUACUCCUUGGUCCUGGCUGGGGGUUAUGAGGACGAUGUGGACCACGGGAACUUCUUCACGUACACGGGCAGCGGUGGCCGGGACCUCUCCGGGAACAAGCGGACAGCUGAGCAGUCCUGUGACCAAAAACUCACCAACACCAACAGGGCGCUGGCCUUGAACUGCUCCGCGCCCAUCAAUGACCGCAAGGGUGCCCAGGCCAAGGACUGGCGGUCGGGCAAGCCAGUGCGGGUGGUCCGCAAUGUGAAGGGGGGCAAGCACAGCAAGUACGCCCCGGCCGAGGGCAACCGCUACGACGGCAUCUACAAGGUGGUGAGGUACUGGCCCGAGAAGGGGAAGUCCGGCUUCCUGGUGUGGCGCUACCUCCUGCGGAGGGACGACGAGGAGCCCGGGCCCUGGACCAAGGAGGGGAAGGACCGGAUGAAGAAGCUGGGGCUGACCAUGCAGUACCCUGCAGGUUACCUCGAAGCCCUGUCCCGGAAGCAGAAGGAGAAGGAAAACCGCCUGAAGCCGGCGGACGAGGAGGCCGAGGAGGAGGCCGCCGAGGAGUCCAUGGAGGUGGAUGACUCUGUGACCCCCAAGAAAGGCAAACGGAAGAGCAAGACAGGAGAGGGCCAGUCCAGCCCCGUGUCCCCGUCGCGGGCCACCCCGAAGAAGAGCCGCGUGGAGCCCUUCAGCCUGACCGCAGAGCAGAGCCUCCUCAUCGCCAAGGACCAGAGCAAUGCCAAGCUGUGGGCUGACAUCCAGGGCUCGCUGCAGGGCGGCACGUUCCAGCUGUUCCUGAGCAAGGUGGAGGAGACUUUCCAGUGCAUCUGCUGCCAGGAACUGGUGUUCCGACCCAUCACCACCGUGUGCCAGCACAACGUCUGCAAGGACUGUUUGGACCGCUCCUUUCGGGCGCAGGUGUUCAGCUGCCCGGCCUGCCGCUGUGACCUGGGCCGCAGCUACUCCAGGCAGGUGAACCAGGAGCUGCAGGCGGUGCUCAAUCUUCUCUUCCCGGGCUACGGCAGUGGCCGGUGA